UUUUAAAAAAGAGAGAGAAGAUAGAAAUACAAGUUUUAUACAAAAUCUUUGGAUUCUUAAGGAUUCCAACCAAUCCAUGAACAGUGGGUGACAAUUGUGUCAUCCAUGGAAACCAAACAGGGCCUACCCCAAAGCCCAGGGUUUCAGAGAGGCUGGAAAUUCAAACAUGAGUGAGGAUGGGAGGAAGCAGGCGAGUGGAACCACAGACUAAGGCUCAGGGCAAAAGGGCAGAUCAGGAGUGUGGCCUGGGGCAUCAGGGGUCCCUGCAGAGCACCCGCUGUCGCCUCUGUGUCUGUUAUGAGUUCUCUCAGUCACUCUGUCCCCUGGUGUCUUGGUAAUGCUGUGUCUCAGUCCCACCGCCUGAGCUGGGCUGUCCUAGGCAGGCCACUCCCCUUUAGACUGCCUCCAUCAUGUAGUUCCAGUCACAAUGGGACCGUCACCCUUCUGAUCCAUCCUGCUAGAUCUUCACCCUAGCAGAGGCUGCCACCAAAAUGGGUGCCUCAGCCUGUCUGCUAUUUCCAUUGCCUUCCAUCAGACCAGCCCCAUGUGCCUGAGCUGGAGAUACCAGGCUAGAGGCAGCUCUCAGCAGACAAGCUCCAUUCACUGAUCCAGCUUCCAUCCUCCCACACCCAAUGGGAGUCAGGUCCAUCACUACCCUUCACCCCACCCUGGAACAAUUUUUCAUGAUACCUAACAGGGUAAUCAUGUAACAGGCAAAUGUGUAAUUUAAGCAGGUAGUUUGGGAUCAAUUCAAAGGCAUAGCACCAUCUCUUCUAGCCACGAUGUAUAACGGACAUACGUGUAAUUGCUUCCAGUGCAUAUGCAAGAUAUUCACUGAGCAUGCCCUCUCUGCAAAAUAGAAGCCAACUGGCUUUCUGGCCUCACAGAAUCAUAGACCUAAAGGGACCUAGAGAUUUUCUAGGCCAAGGGUUACAAACCCAGAUGCCCCUACAGAGCUGGCAGGUCACCUCAGCAGGAUAGCAGGCCAGGUGUGAGGCACUAGGGUGGGGUGGAGCCUGUAGCCCUGGGGCAGUGCCCAGCUAAAGGAACACUUGACCCAGCAGGUAUUGCCAAGCACGUGGACCCAGGGUGCAAGAUCUUCAACUUUUCAAGGAAAGUCCAUACUCCAGAUGUUUAUGUGAAAUGUCACAAUUUUUCAAUGUUGCAACUAAUUCGGUUAGUUUUGCUUUUUUUUUUUUUUAAGUGCAUGGACCAAACCAAACCUGGCUCCAGGCCAGCCCUGCCCUCUCCUGUACAGACGAGGAGUGGAAGGGGGCAGCGUGGGCAGGCCAAGGAGCAAGUGAAGGGCAGGGCUCUGACCUCAGCAGGCUCCUAGGUCCCCACCAAGCUAAAGCCCUCACAGCUUGCUAUGAGUUAGAUGCAGUAGGUGACUGCAGAGCCCACUCUACAGAGGGCCCCAGCUCCCAGGAAGGGGAUCCCCAGGAGGAACCCUGUGCCACCACCAAGGCACGAGCUGCAGCCAGGCUGGGCGUAAAAAUUGGGGGUCCUUUCUUCCCUUACCCCACGGUGGAAUCCAAGUCUGGGAAAUUGCUAAGCCCGGACAGUCUUGCUGUGGCCCAUGUGUGUGCAAACAGCCUGGCCUGAGAAAUCAGAACCGCAUGGUGCUGACCUGCCCAAGGGGGCUUCCCACCCACCCCCUUGCCCACUGGACAGCCCUAAUGAGACAGCCUUUGCACAGGAAUGUGCACGUCCCAGGCUGGGACCCCAGGCCCCAACAGCCUUGUAAUUUGAUGAAUUGUCAACAUCUGGGCCAUAAUUACUGGGCCCUGGACCGAUAAUCCUGGUAAGCCCCCUCAUCCAGGGGCCCUGUUCUGGUGCAUUGGAGGGCUCCAUUCCCCAAGGGGAGCUGUCAGCAUUAAUUACAAACAGAAAACAAGAUAGUCACCCAGCUCCGGCCAGUCUGAGCAUUUACUCCUGUCUCCGUCUAAACACAACCAGUGUACUGAUUUACUUCAGUUCAAAAGAUACUCUUGCCAAUUGGGAGGGCUGAGCCAUAGCUGACAGGGAGAAACAGAACCAGCCAGCCCUGUGCAGAGGAAAUGGUUGACACAACUUCAUUGCCUCAGGGUUGCUCCGAAGCUUUGUUCCCUGAUGAACAUUGAGAAGCUCCAGUGAUGGAGUCGGCAUACUCCAUGGCCCAUACUUACUUCCCCAAGAAACCUCCCCUCUUUUGCCAUAGUUAAUAUUUCUCAUAAGAUGGCUCCAUGGAACCCUGCUUAGGAAAUAACCAAUAGGGUGACGGAGGGAGGGAGCAAACCCAUGAAGGUAAGAGAUGACAGCAGUGGCACAGCCUGGCGUCCCAUUGCCAGCCACUAGGAAGGCCACACAAAGGUCCCUCCCCAGCACUGCCCACCCGAGAGCCAGUGCAGACUCUACCUCUGUGUCCACUUCCCUGUAGGGUCUCAUGACUUGGGUUGGUCUGAAAGAGGAGACAAAGGAGACUAACCUGGGACCCAUGUUGAACUUGUCAUUUGAGAGAAGGAUAAGACCUCCAUUUUAUGGCUGAGGAAACCGAGGCUCUGGGCUGCUCGGGUCCCUGAGCGAGGCAAGGGGCAUGGGCCAGCACGGGGGCUCUGUCCUCCUGGCAUGCGAUUCAGCGCACCACAGGGUUUUGUUUGCUUCCACACAUCCGAAAGCAUCCUGGAGCUCAGCUGAUCUGCACCAGGGAGGAGUGAUUUAAAGCAGAACCCAGGCUUGUAAACAGCUGUGGGGCUCCGUGGAGGGCAGAAGGGGAUGAAAACCUCUGGUGAAUUCCACAGCUUUGAUCAGGCAGGGGAGGCAGCCGGCAGGAACCGAGCACCUCCAGGCAUAGUGCUGUGGCAUCUGACUCUCAGGAUCACCCAUUCUGUGGAAGCUGAGGCUCAGAGAGGGGAUCUGAACCCAGGGAAGGCCCAAGCCCUGCCCUCACUCCAUGGGCUGCCCAGUGUCGUUCCUUCCGCUCCUCUGGUAGGCGACCCAGGGGGAGGAGCAGCUGGAGCGGCUGAUGGUCGAGGAAGGGGAGGGCUGCCUUGGUGGAAUAAGACCCCAUGCCACCAAGGCCAUACCUCCACCCAGUCUGGGGCUCUGCUCGUCCAGAUGGCCUGGCUUCCCAGAACUAGCUUGUCAGCUGCUGGGGCACUCAGCCUAGACCUUGCCCUGCCUUGGUCCAGCCUGACUACUGUACCCACCCCAUGUUUGUCCUUGGCUCCCAUCUGACCAGCCCCUGACCCUUCCCUCCUCUCAGAGCACCCAGAGCCAGGCUUGGGCCUCCCUCCAACACAUGGAAACACCUGAUUCAUAGAUGGUCCACACAGCCUGCCAUCAGAGUUGCUUUGCUAAGACUCAGCCAGGCCCUGAGAUGAGAGAGUCCAGUGAGGCUGGGAACAUUGCCCUCCGGGAGACCCACAAGCAGGAUGAUGGCUCAGGCAAAUCUUGCAGGAAAGAAACCUAUUUCAUAGGGUGUAACCCCUUAUUUGACCAUAGUAUUCCCUUCCCCAGGCAAGCCUGUUACACCCUGCAAGACACUGUUCCUUGGACACCUGUUUGGGAAAGGCAGUAUGUAGAGGCAGGACCCGUCCUCUAAGGUUCACAGCCCAGGGCCCAACCUCCCCCAGGAUAAGAGGGGUCAGAAUCAUGCCCCAGAGCUAGGCAGGUCCAUCUGACUCCAAAGCCAGGUUGUUUCCCCCUCCACCCAACCCUUCUGUGAGUCCCCUCUUCAGUGACUCCCAGUCACCACUGGUCACCUGUCAGCCUCUCCAAGGGUCAGCUGUUUCCCCAGAGAGAGAAUUCAAGGGCCUGGGCACAGCCUUCUUGCCUAGGUGUCACCACAGGUGAGCCCAGAGCCACCUCCUCAGACUAAGGCCAUGGCUGUGGGUCAGCUCCACCCACAAGGCUGGGCCAGCACCCUCUGGUCUCUAAACAUUUGCACGUGGGCAUUCUGUGUUUGCCAAGGGAAUCUUCUUGGCAUCAUAUCUAGCCACAUACAGCUCCAAUCUUGGGUUCCCAGGGAAUUCGAGGUGACUUUCCUUCAGCCCUGCGAUGGGCGUUUCCAAGAUUGCUGCUCUUAAUGCCCCUUCUUGCCAUUAUUCAGAAACUACAGAUUUGAUUCAUGUUUUUAAAACUCCAAGACCUGGAGCAAGGGCUCUGUGAUCCCAAAUACAGGCAGGGCCCUGGGUGGGAAACUUGGUUUUCUGCCACUUACAGGGCUUCUCACAAACGAGAAAGUAGGGGACCAAGGCUGCACCAUCAAUGUGCCAUCGAGGACAGUCUUGGAGUUGGCAGAGGGGAGCAUCCUGCCUGGAAGGCAGGAUUCACUCUCAGGAAGGGGCAGCUGAGGUCUAACGCUCUCAGAGACAGCUGGUGGCACUGAUUUUUUCCCCUCUGGAGUCAAAGCCAAGGCAACAUCCCCAGGCUCCCUUCUGCAGUGGACACUUCUAGAAAAGCAGGGCACCAUGGCGCUGCAUGCUUCACAUCAGCUGGAACUGGCCCUGGCAGAGGGUCAAAGUGAAAGAGGGUCCAGGGAGCCCUUGCCCAGGGAGGGUCUGCUCAGUGAGGGAGACAGAUGUACCAGGAAUCCUGGAAAGAAGGCAAAGCCUAUGAACCUUCUCCCUAGGUUCCCUGGACAGCCAUCUGUCACCCCCACUACCCUGUGCUGCAGAAGAGGGAGCACUCCAUAGAGAGUGGAACCUAUUUCAAGCCCUUGGACAAUCCCACUGACUCAGCUUCUUCAUCUGCAGGAGGGGGCAUGGCACCUGUCUCCCAGGGCUGUGGCAAGGGCAAACCCUGUGAGGGAUGCAGAGUCAAGUCCAAAGCAAACCCUGCUCUGGCCUUUAUCAGGGACACCUUGGACUCAUCACACUGUCCAGUUCCAAGGCCUGCUCAUGUCGCAGCUGCUGCUGGUGACUUAGCAGUGAGGCCUGCUGUGUUCUCCCUCCUGACAUAUGAAGAAAAGAGCUUUAUUUAGUUCUAAGCUGCACCUUAGUCUCCUUUUUUGUUUGUUUUGUUUUGUUUCUUGUGAUGAGGACUUUUAAGAUCUACUCUCUUAGCAACUUUCAAGUAUACAAUACAGUAGUGUAAACUAGAGUCCUCAUUGCUGUACAUUACAUCCCUAGAACUCUUGUAACUAGAAUGUUGUACCUUUUGACCCCUUCAUCCAUUUCACCCACACCCACACCCACACCCAUGCCCCCUUCCUUCUGGCAACCUCUAAUCUGUUCUCUGUAUCUAGGAGCGUGGGUUUUUUUGCUGUUGUUUUGUUUUAGAUUCCACAUAUAAGUGAGAUCAUGUGGUAUUUGUCUUUCUCUGCCUGACAUUUUUACUUAGCAUAAUGCACCUCAAGUUCCAUCCAUGUUGUUGCAAAAGGCAAGAUUUCAUUCUUUUUUAUGGCUGAAUAGUAUUCCAGUGUGUGUGUGUGUGUGUAUACCACAUCUUCUUUAUCCAUUCAUCCAUCGAUGGACACUUAGGUUGUUUCUAUGUCUUGGCUAUUGUAAAUAAUGCUACAGUGGGGGUACAGAUAUCUUUUCAAAUUACUGUUUUCAUUUUCUUUGAAUAAAUACCCUGAAGUGGAAUUGCUAGAUCAUAAGGUGGCUUUAUUAUUUGAGGAACCUCCAUACUGUUUUCCAUAGUGGCUGCACAAUUUACAUUCCCACCAGUAGCACACAGGGCUUCCUUUUUCUCCACAUCCUCACCAACACUUGUUACUUCUUGAAAAGGAAGGAGCUUUACUUAGUUCUAAACUGCAUCUUAGUUUCUUUUUAAUUUCCAUCUGCAUUAUGGCUUUUUUUAAUCCAUGCAGAAUAGAGAGGGGCAAAGUUUGCACUGUGUUUGGGCUCAGGUCAGCAGGAUGGACAGACACAUGCAGGGCCUGGGCACAGAGUCUGCAGUGGCAACCACACUGGACAAGGUGACUGGGGGCCCGUGGACAGGCGAGAUCCAGUGGGCAAUGGGACAGAGCAGGGAAGGUUUGAACAGAAGCAUGCAAGGGCAGACAAGAGGGGAGAGUGGCCAGAGGCCAGGCAAGACCACUGCCGUGGCUUGAGUGUAGUGUGGACACAGAACUGAAGUGCCUGCCGUGUCGGCUCCAGCCCCCACUUCUUCUGGCUGCAUGGCCUGGGGCAAGGCCUUCCCCUCACUGGGCCUCAGUUUCCUCCUCUGUAAGAUGGGUAUGAUAACACCUUCCUUACACAGGGCUUCUGUUGUGAUUCAGGCAGAGUGUGGAGGCCACCAAUAGCCCCCAGAAGAGACCCAGGAUGGGACUGGGCCCUCUGUGUUAUGGCAGCUGAGAGGGCUAGGGUGAGGGGUCCCCCAUAGAGAUGCCCAGAGGGACAUGGCCCUGAGGAGGCCUAGCAGGGCCUGAGCAUGGAGGGGUAGAUGAGGGGCAGGACCUACUUUUAGAGGACUGCUAAAGGGAAAAGGCUUUUCAUAUGGAUCCAGGUCAGGGCAGCCAGGAGCUGGCCCAAGGAGACAGGCCAGCUAGGACAGCUUCUGAUGAGCUGCAGAUGGCGGGGACCGAAACUGCACCUGACCAGGAGCCCCCAGAGCCUGGGCCCCCAAGACCUUGGAAUGGCCCCACUCCCCCUCUCCUGGGACCCCAGCUGCCCCCAGGCCAUCACCCUGACAUCCAGACCCUCAACUAAAUGUGAAGGGAAUGGCCAGAAGCACUUAGGAGACCAAUUUUCAGAAUUGCCCUGGUUUCCUGCCUGGAGUGAGGCCCUUGAGUGAGGGCACCAAGGAGCAGUCACUCUCACAGCAUCUGGGGAAUCUGCAGAUGGCUGUCGGCCAGGGCAGUCUGGAGCCCCAGCCAGGGAAACUGGCUGUUUACCACUGGAACCAGCAGGCAGGUGGACCCAGUCCAUGGCGCCCCCAUUGGGUUCCUCUACACCUCCACAAGGGUAUAGAAGAAUCCAGUGAGGCUUUGUCAGGUGGGUGGACAGUGGGAGCUUUUGGGCAGUGGUCACCAGCCGUCUGAAGAUACCACAAAACCCCCAGACCACUGAGAGGCCCCAGCUCUCUAGACCCACCCUUGUAUUAUUUGACUUUUGCCUUCAAAGACCACAGCAGUGCAGGGAGCUGAAAGAGCUUUCAAGACUCUUCUUGUUAUGUCUUAGUUCAGGCUACUCUAAGAAAGUACCAUAGACUGCAUGGCUUAUAAACCACAGAAAUCUAUCUCUUCAGUUCUGGAUGCUGGGAAGUGUGAGAUCAGAGUGCCAGCACAGUCGGGUUCUGGUGAGGGCCCUCUUCUGGGUUGCAGACUUUCAACUUCUCACUGUGUUCUCACAUGGUGGGGAGAGAGGGCUAGAGAGCUCUCUGGGGUCCUUUUUAUAAGGGCACUAAUCUCAUUCAUGAAGGCUCCACCUUCAUGACCUAAUCACUUCCCAAAAGCCCCACCUCCACAUACUAUCCCAUUGGGGGUUAGGUUUCAACAUAUGAAUUUGGGGGGGACACAUUCAGUCCCUAACAAGUUACAAGUGACAGAAACUCAAUUCAAACUGGCUUAAGGAAAGAAAUGUAUUCGCUGACAAACAAAGAAGUAUGCAGAGGUAGUUUCAGCUUCAGGCCCUUUGCGUGCCUUUCUCUCUGUCUCUCAGCUCUGCCUUUCUCUCUGUUGGCUCUUUCUCAAGCCAUGUGGUGCCCCCAGGAGCUCCAGGAUUAGCCCCAUCAGGAGAAAAGAAUCCUUUUACUUCUAAAGCUCCACCAUUCAAAGUCCCAGGCAUGACACUCAUACCUGAACUACUCACCCUGGCCGAGGGAAUAUGGUCACAUGUCCAAACCCUAUGGGGUGGAUGGGGGUGGCUUUGGAGAAGAAACGGGCUCUGUUAUCAGAGGAGGGGAUUCUGGGCAACAAACAGCACAGAGAUGCCCCCACCCUGAGUCCACGUGAAAUGUACCCAAGACCAUGGGCUCAGGGCAGGCUUUGGUCUCUUGUCACUCAAUUGUGCCUCUGGGUCGUAAAACACAGAAGAAAUGCCUUUCCUGUGUGUAACCUCUGUGCUCUCUCACUCUCUCUCUCACUCUCUCUCUCUCUCUCUCUCUUUCUCGUUUUCCAGGGACCACUGGGUCUGGAUGGCAAGCCCGGACUUCCAGGCCCCAAAGGAGAAAAGGGUGCACCAGGAGACUUUGGCCCCCAGGGAGAUCAAGGGCAAGAUGGAGCUGCUGGGCCUCCAGGGCCCCCAGGACCCCCUGGGGCCCGGGGCCCUCCUGGCGACACUGGGAAAGAUGGCCCCAGGGGAGCACCAGGCCCAGUGGGUGCCAAAGGAGAAGCUGGACAAGAUGGCGAGACGGGCCCGAGUGGACCCCCAGGGCCCAAGGGGGAUGAUGGGACACCAGGCCAGCCAGGGCUCCCAGGACCCUCAGGGCCCAAGGGGGAGCCCGGCCAGCCAGGCGCCGAUGGAGCCACAGGGCCGCGGGGUGCCCCAGGCCUCAAGGGUGAGCAAGGAGACACGGUGGUAAUUGACUACGAUGGCAGGAUCUUGGAUGCCCUUAUGGGUCCUCCUGGGCCACAGGGGCCCCCCGGGCCACCAGGGAUCCCUGGAGCCAAGGGCGAACUCGGAUUGCCUGGUGCUCCAGGAAUCGAUGGAGAGAAGGGUCCCAAAGGACAGAAAGGAGACCCAGGAGAAGCCGGGCCGAUAGGACCCAAAGGGGAAGCAGGAGAGAUGGGCCUGUCAGGCCUCCCGGGUGCCGACGGCCCCAAGGGGGAGAAGGGAGAUCCGGCAUCUGACAACCUACAGGAGAGCCUGGCCCAGAUCAUAGUGGAACCAGGGCCCCCAGGCCCCCCUGGUCCCCCAGGCCCCAUGGGCCUUCAGGGAAUCCAGGGUCCCAAGGGCUUGGACGGAGCAAAGGGAGAGAAGGGCAUGUCGGGUGAGAGAGGAUCCAGUGGCCUGCCUGGGCCAGCUGGCCCACCAGGCCUUAUUGGGCUGCCAGGAACCAAAGGAGAGAAGGGCCGACCCGGGGAGCCAGGACUAGAUGGUUUCCCUGGACCUCGAGGAGAGAAAGGCGACCGGAGCGAGCGUGGAGAGAAGGGGGAGCGCGGUGUCCCCGGUCGGAAAGGAAUGAAAGGCCAGAAGGGCGAGCCGGGACCCCCAGGCCUGGACCAGCCAUGUCCAGUGGGCCCUGAUGGGCUGCCCGUGCCUGGCUGCUGGCAUAAGUGACCCCAAGCACGCAUCUCACAACCUGUACAGAUCCGUGUGGACAUUUUUAAUUUUUGUAAAAACAAAACAGUAAUAUAUUGAUCUUUUUUCACGGGAUGCACCACCAUACCUGUGGCCUUUUGACAUUUGAGAGUGUGCCCAGCCCAGCCCCAGAAUGAUCAGCACGUGAAGCUGCCAGGAAAGUGGACAGGCCCAUUGGGGGCAAUGUGUACUUGAGGGGCACCCUCAGGACUUGGCUUUCCCGGGAAGGAGAUGAAGGUGAAAGUGCCUGGCUCAGGAGAGGCUGCAAAGAUGUCAGGUUGGGCCUUCAGUCACCUGAUGAGCAGAGACUCUGGCUGUCCCGCUGCCCUGCAAGAGCCUGCCCUCUGAAGCUCUGGAGCCCAGGAUCCACACCAUCCAAAAAGGCUCAGGGCAUGAAUGGCAAAUGCAGCUGCUCCUGGCCUCUCUGGCCUCUGCACUCAGCCACAGCCAGCUGACAGGACUCCCACCCACCACUUGUAGCUGGACACGGGGAGCUGUGGGAAGCACCCUAAGGGGUUGAGCCCCCGCCAAGUUCCGUGGGCCUCAGGAACCAGCCUGCCUUCCGUGAGAACAAGUGUCCUCUGGCCGGGAGUGGAGGCCAAGCACUGUGAUAACUACCACAUGGACCCAGCAGCAGGGAGCCCUAUGAUCCCCAAAUGUGGAGGUCCCAGGCUGGAAUGUCUGUUGUUCUUGUCUCUCCACCACCCACAGCAGGGACCUGAUGGGACUUUGCCAGCCUGAGGAGAUGGACCCCAAGCUCAGAGUUGGCGUCUCACCGACCCCAAGGCUUCCACCCAGGGGAACUCUGGUCAGCCUGCCAAAAAUGAGUCCUCCGAGUGAGCUAUGCAAAUGAAGAGAGCCUCGGGGCUGCUUCCAGGCCUGCCUAAGUAGGGCACCUAUGCCCUGAGCCAGUGAUGCUCUGAGAAGAGGCUUCCCCACCUCUGACAAGGGUUCCCGGCCACCAGCUCCAGCCCAACCACUUGCCUACCCCCUCUGUGUAGAUGGAAAUUGUUGCGUGAAAUAAACAACAAAUGUGUGUCUUGGGUAUGCCUGUCCUUGCAGACUGCCCCUAGCACCAUACCUAGGUGAGGUUUCAGCCUGGCUUUUGCUGGGUGGGGAGGGAUAAGGGAACUCUCCUUGGGCCAGAGCCACCCCAGAAACCAGAGGAAGUAGUUCAGGCUCACAGCAAAGAUGGGGUUUAGAGUUAGGAAGACACAGACUCAAGGCCUAGCCCUGCUACAUACCGGCUGAGCCUUCUGUGCAGUCACCCAUGUCAGUGAGCCCCUGUGUUUCCUCUGAACUCAUGACCCAUGACUGCUGCAUAACAAAUCACCCUAAAAUUUGUUGCCUUAAAACAAUGAUCCUUGGAACCUAGAAAAAUGGUACAGAUGAACCAGUUUGCAGGGCAGAAAUAGAGACACAGCUGUAGAGAACAAACGUA